AUGGCACAUGCAGGAAAAGCAUUUGACUUCGAUGGCGAAGUUGCUAUCGUUACGGGUGCUGGCUCGCGCAUGGCUGGUGAAAUCGGCAACGGCCGUGCUACAGCCAUCCUCCUUGCUCGUCAGGGCGCCAAGGUUGCGCUGUUAGACUUCAAUGUUGAAUGGGCACAGGAGACCAAGCGCAUGAUUGACGAAGAGGGCGGUGUUUCGGAAGUCAUUCAGGCGGAUGUCACAGAUGAAGAGAGCUGCAAGCAAGCGGUCGCAAAGACAGUGGAACUCUUUGGAACAGUGCACAUUCUCGUUAACAUCGUCGGCGUUGGCGGUGCGAUGGGAGAUGCUACAACGUUAGACCUAAGUGCCUGGGAACGUGAUUUCCGUAUUAAUGUCACAAGCAUGGUCCUAAUGAGCCGGCAUGUGAUACCAGAGAUGCGCAAGAAUGGCCGCGGCGCGAUUGUUAAUAUGUCAUCAGUCAGUGGUCUUUUGGGCGGUAACCCUAGCCUCCUCUAUCCCACCACCAAGGGUGCAAUUAUCCAAAUGACUCGUGCCAUGGCUGCUCAGCACGGUCCUGAGAACAUCCGAGUUAAUUGUGUUUGCCCGGGAAUGGUUUUCACACCCAUGGUGCGCGGCCGAGGCAUGACCGAUGACAUGCGCCAGGCCCGUAUCAACCAGAAUCUGCUCAAACAAGAAGGAACGGGUUGGGAUGUUGGCUACGCAAUUCUGUUUCUUGCCAGUAAGGAAGCAAAAUGGAUCACUGGAUUGGUUAUGCCUGUUGAUGGGGGUACCACCGCUGGCAAGGCAGACCGACCAGCUUUAAAAGCAGAUACCCUGGCAGAGAAGAUUACUGGUGUGCCAAACCAGUCAUCGUAA